AUGUGUGUGCUAAUGGACGCUUCCUCCGGGGGGCUGCUUCUGACGGAGCCUCGACGACGGAUCGCUCAGUGCUGCGGUCAGGUGAGCUCCGGCUCCCCCCGCUCCGCUGAGCAGAUGGUUCAGUCCACAUGCAGUGUAGAGUUGUUGCUGAGGAGGUUCCUCCACACACCGUGGAACCUGCUCUCAUCCCGGGUCCCGAGGCUGGAAGCUGCGCUGCUUCUUCCAACAUGUCCCCGUCUUCUCACCGGAGCUACCGCGGAGGACACGGCGUACUCGCGUUUCUCCACGUUUUGUUUGUGCUGCAGUCAGGUAGUGGUACCUCAGAGUGUGAGUGCUGUGCUGGGGAAGAAUGUGACAUUGGAGUGUAGGGUGGAAAUUGACUUGGUCGCGGAAAUAAACCUCACUCUCACCCAGAGUUCCUGGGAGCGCCGCUUACCUUCAGGCUCCGUCACCUUGGCGGUCUACAGCCCUGAUUUUGGCAGCUCCAUCCCAGAGCUCAGUCACCGCUUGCAUUUCCGCUCACCCUCCUUUUACGAUGCCUCCAUCGUCCUGGAAAACGUGGGCUUUGCUGACGUCGGGAUCUACACCUGUAAUGCCGCUACAUUUCCUAUGGGAAACUUUCAAGCCUCCACUACGCUCAAUGUGCUCGUGGAGCCGAAGGUCUACGUGUCAGCAGGUUCAACCGCCCUGAUCGAUGGUGGCAAUGAAACCGUGGUGGCCACCUGUAUCGCUGAGCGGGCUCGGCCCCCCGCGGAAGUGUCCUGGGAGUCCAACCUGUUUGGCCAGUCAGAAGUGCAGCUGUUCGACGAGGUCAACGGCACCACCAGCACACAGGUGCGCUACCUCUGGCAGCCCACACGCCACGUCCAAGGCCAUGCGCUCACCUGUGUGGUCCGCCACCCAGCGCUGCUGAGUGACUUCAGGAUCCCAUACCAGGUCAACGUGCAGUUUGCUCCUGACAUCUCAGUUGUGGGCUACGAUGGAGACUGGUAUGUGGGUCGGGAAAAUGUUCAAAUGACUUGCAAGGCCAACGCAAACCCACCAGCUCAUCACUUCAGAUGGAUCAGAUUGGACAGUGAAAUGCCAGAAGGGGUGGAAAUAGCGAAUAGCACUCUGCUCUUCCUGCGUCCCCUUCAGCGGAAGGAUUCUGGAGUAUACAGGUGUGAGGUUGCCAAUGACAUCAACCUCCGCAGUCGGGACGUGCGCAUUCUCAUACAAGAUCCUCCCACCAUGCCUUCCACCAUUACUGCUCCUGUCCUAGCUGGCUCUGCCUCCUCCACCUUAGUGGAUGAUAAGGGCCAUGUCUUCCUCGUCUCCCCCACACGCGAAGCCCUACCUGAGAGUAAUCUUGGUUCCGUAGUGGGUGGUGCUGUGGGUGGGACCUUGUUCCUGCUACUGCUGCUGUCUAUCGUAGGCGUGUAUUACCUACGCAAACAGCAGACUUUCCACGGGAAUUACUCCACCCAGCCGUACCUGGGUCCCAAUCACCUCCAUAAAGCGCCUACGCAGCACGAGCUCCGCCCAACCAAAGCCGGCAGCAGCUCCUUCCGCCGAGACCACGACCGGGAGGAGUGGGGCGACCGCCAGCUCAAACAAGAACAUAGCGGCUAUAACGGAAAGGAGUAUCCCCCUAAUGGCUUCACUAGGGCAAUGAGGGAGAGCAGUCACCUCUGCAAUGAGCAGAAUCACCAGCGUGAACACACACAUUAUUCUAGCCCACGGCAGGCCCAACUCCCGCAUCCGCCGAAACCACAGGGAAACGGCUCCUCCUACCAGUCAGAUGACUGCUACGAUAGCGGGACUGAUGCGGACUAUGUCUCUCACACAGAUGGCUCGGUCAUCUCGCGCCAGUCUCAGGCAGAGAGGUCAAACGCCGUGGCCGUGGCCGGAGCUGUCAUGGGCGCAGUCCUCGCCCUCUUCCUCAUCGUCAUCUUCAUCAUCGUGAUCCUCACUUCUCGCAAGGCCCAGCAGCCAGCCUUCACCGACAAAGUGAUUGACCUUCCUCCGACACACAAGCCGCCUCCUCCCUAUUCUGAGAGACCGCCGGUGGUACCUCUGGGGGUCCACGCAUCACAAGUGGCCUGGCUCUGUCAGAAUCGCAAGGCAGAGCGCAGGUACGGGCUGAGUGACGGGCAGGGCCCACCCCCAACAAGGCAGAGGCCGCAAAGCACCACCCAGCAGCCGCCCCGCCUGGAGUGGGCAUGUCAUCAGAGUGGGACCGACCGCGUUUACAUCAACCGCCUUGAACACUAUGUGUGA